CUAAGGGGAAAAGAUUUAGGCCCAUACUCUGAGGGGAGAGAAGAAGUAGGGUGGGAGUUAAGCUUUUUCCCAGCUGGAAAAUCCUACCUUGGGGGUUUAGACUGGAGGCCAUUCACUAGGCGAGGCUAAGAGACCUGCCUCGCCUGCUAGCCACCCCGCACUGAUGCCUUGAGAUCUCUCCCUAGAAGAUUUAGUUCCUCCGCACUGAGGCGAGUUCACUGUUCAAGUGUGGGUCCGGCAAUUGUAGUAAGAAUUCUUCUACCUUGAAUUAGGGUAAUGCUGCCUCACUGCCCGAUAUUGCAAUCAGUUUUCCACGGGCAGGUUUUCGUGAAUGCCCCAAGGCUGUCACUUUAGUCAGCUGCCUACCUAACCACCAUAUUGGCCAAAACUGCAGAGAGAAAAACGGAGUCAAGAAAGCCAUGGAGGAAGCAAUGCAGUAUGAACAGAAAGAUGGCCUCUAAGCCAGCAAGAUCUGGGGGCAAGUCCUGCUUCUGACACAGACUGCCUAUGUGACUCUGGACAGGGCAUUUGCCCGGCGUGAGGUGAUGGAUCAUACAAUCCACAGAGGGGAGCUGCUAGCAGUAAUCACUGACCGGAGGGACUUCCUUAUCCCAAAGGACUGUCACAAAACAUCCCAGCAACCACACCCCAGAUCUCUGGUGGAAGACGAAGACCCUCACAUGAAAGUGGCUCUUGUUAACAGCGAUAUGGGUUUGGCUGCCCACCUGCAGUCAUCCAAGACAGGAACUGCACGGUUUUUCACGAGCAAUUCCCAUAGUUCAGUGGUGUUACAGGGCUUUGACCAGCUUCGUGUCGAAGGACUACUUUGUGAUGUGAGCCUAGUCCCUGGAGACGGAGAUGAAGCCUUCCCUGUUCAUAGGGCCAUGAUGGCAUCUGCUAGUGAUUACUUCAAGGCUAUGUUCACAGGUGGUAUGAAAGAACAAGAUUUAAUGUGCAUUAAGCUCCAUGGGGUGAAUAAAGUUGGGCUGAAGAAAAUCAUUGAUUUCAUUUACACGGCCAAACUCUCUCUGAAUAUGGACAACCUUCAAGAUACACUCGAAGCUGCAAGCUUUUUGCAGAUCCUGCCUGUCCUGGACUUCUGCAAGGUGUUUCUGAUCUCUGGGGUAUCUUUGGAUAACUGUGUCGAAGUGGGGCGCAUUGCCAACACCUACAACCUCACCGAAGUGGACAAAUACGUGAACAACUUCAUCCUGAAGAACUUCCCUGCUAUCCUGAACAGCGGCGAGUUUGUGAAACUCCCCUUUGAACGGCUGGCCUUUGUGCUUUCCAGUAACAGCCUUAAGCACUGCAGUGAGCUUGAUCUCUUCAAGGCCGCCUGUCGCUGGCUCCGCUAUGAUGAGCUGCGGAUGGAGUUUGCUUCCAAGCUGAUGAAGAAUAUUCGCUUUCCCCUGAUGACACCACAAGAUCUCAUUAAUUAUGUGCAAACUGUGGACUUUAUGAGAACGGACAAUACUUGUGUGAACUUGCUUCUGGAAGCCAGCAACUACCAAAUGAUGCCCUACAUGCAGCCUGUGAUGCAGUCAGAGAGGACCGCCAUCCGCUCCGACAGUACUCAUCUGGUGACGUUGGGAGGCGUCCUGAGGCAGCAGCUGGUGGUCAGCAAGGAAUUGAGAAUGUAUGAUGAGAAGGCCCACGAAUGGAAAUCCCUAGCUCCCAUGGAUGCCCCUCGAUAUCAGCAUGGCAUCGCAGUCAUUGGAAACUUCCUCUAUGUUGUCGGUGGCCAGAGUAAUUAUGACACAAAAGGCAAAACAGCAGUUGACACUGUCUUCAGAUUUGAUCCUCGUUAUAAUAAAUGGAUGCAGGUUGCAUCACUGAAUGAAAAGCGCACCUUCUUCCACCUGAGCGCCCUCAAGGGCCAUCUGUAUGCCGUGGGUGGCCGCAAUGCAGCUGGGGAACUAGAAAUCACAGAGUACAGGACAGCACCAGGCAUCUGGAACAGGAUAGCAACAGUGGAGUGUUACAACCCAAGGAUGAACGAAUGGAGCUAUGUGGCCAAGAUGAAUGAGCCCCACUAUGGCCAUGCUGGUACUGUGUUUGGAGGGAUGAUGUAUAUUUCAGGAGGAAUCACUCAUGACACUUUCCAAAAAGAGCUCAUGAGCUUUGACCCAGACACAGACAAGUGGACACAGAAAGCUCCCAUGACCACAGUCAGAGGCCUGCACUGCAUGUGCACCGUUGGAGAAAAGCUUUACGUGAUUGGUGGAAACCAUUUUAGAGGAACCAGUGAUUAUGAUGAUGUUCUCAGCUGUGAAUACUACUCACCAGCACUCGAUCAGUGGACUCCAAUUGCUGCUAUGUUAAGAGGGCAGAGUGAUGUCGGGGUUGCUGUGUUUGAAAAUAAAAUCUAUGUGGUGGGUGGGUACUCUUGGAACAACCGCUGUAUGGUAGAGAUAGUCCAGAAAUAUGAUCCAGAAAAGGAUGAGUGGCACAAAGUUUUUGAUCUCCCUGAGUCUCUUGGUGGUAUCCGGGCUUGCACUCUCACUGUUUUUCCUCCCGAAGACAACGCAGGGUCCCCUUCUCGAGAGUCACCUCUAUCAGCCCCUUAAAAGCCACCCUGCAGGCUUGUGGGCUGCUGUCCUCUCUGGAUCUGGGUCUGGGUCUGGGGAUCCUUGUCCUCCUUGUUGCUUUUGUUGUUCUUUAGUAGUACCCUGUUAGGGCUAGCCUCCAGCAGUUGGUCCCAUGACAGGCAACCAACCAGCCCAGCAUUGAUGUUACUUGUGAUAUUUGUUUAUUGUAGAAUGUCUAUCUGUGGUUAACAAAAGCAUCCUGAACAUGUAUUCAUCAGAGCCAAAUGUUUAACCAAUGAAAAAGCAAGGUGUUGUCUUUCAACUGUUUGGCUUCUGUGGAUCCCUACUUUGUCCAUCAGUGGGGUGGGAGGGAAGUGUGGGCUCAGCUUUUGGGAGGAAGCCCAACCUGUCACCUUGGCAGUGGGAUGUUGUUGCUCACAUGUAACCACAUUUUCUGUGCUUUAAGAUGGAAAGAUAUUUGCUUCUGGUUUUUUGAAUGCGAGGGAGGCCAUCUGAAUGUUGCCUCCUUCUGUUUGUAAGGUACCUUAGCCAUUGCUUUCUCUCUCUCUCUCUCUCUCUCUCUCUCUCUCUCUCUCUCUCUCUCUCUCUCUCUCUCUCUCUCUCUCUCUCUCUCUCUCUCUCUCUCUCCCUCCCUCCCUCCCUCCCCCUCCCUAUCCUCUCUCUCCCUCUCCCUUUCUCCCUCUCUCUCUCCCCCCUCCCUCCCCCUCUCCCUUUCCUUCCCCCUCUCUCUCUUUCCCUCUCUCUCUCUCUCCUCUUGCUAUCUCUCUCUUGCUCAGCCCACUUGACCAGGUGGGGUAUAUUCCAACCACAGGAAGUUGCUUGGACAUACAGGAGAACUCCUUGCAAAAAUCCACUUGCAGAAAGCACCACAGACUUAUCCCCCAAGGCCAUGCUCUGGACUGCUGUCCUGGGCAUCAUUGGCCCCCCUUCUCAUGUUGGCACCAAUGUAAGAUAUUCUGAGUUUUAAAAUUUGGAUAGCACUUCAAAUAGAAUUUUUGAAAAAAACUUCCAAAAAGUAGUUUCCAUUUAUAACAACUGAGAAUCCAUGGCAAGUCAGCCUGACCAUAAUGAAUUUCAAGGGAUAAGAGUCAAAAGCAUGUUUAUCCUGAACAACCAGAUUUGUCCUGGCCUCAUUUUCCCCUUGGUCCCCAUGGACUCUCCUUGUUCUCCUUGACUGUUGAGGUAACUUGAUAUAUUCCAUGCUGUUUCCACCAUCGCUGUUAAUAAGGUUACUUAGCACAAGAUAAAUUUUGAGCAAGAGAGCUGCUUUUCUCUGUGAACUCAGACUUCCAUGUUUUAUCUUUUGUUCAAUAAAAGUUUUAAUGUCA